AUGUUAACGUCAGAACAACGACAACAACAACAACGUGUCAUUCUUGUAACUGGAGCAAAUAAAGGUCUCGGCUUCGAAGUUGUGAAAAAGCUCAUCACAGAACCAUCUUCUUUUAAGAAUGAUCUUAUUCUCCUCGGUAGUCGUGAUUUGAAACGUGGCCAAGGUGCAAUUAAGCUGUUGGGUUCACCAUCGAAUGUACAUCUCCUUCAGUUAGAUACAUCAUCACGCAAUAGUAUUGCUCAAGCCACCAAUGAAAUCAAACAAAAAUAUGGGGGCCAACUAGAUGUUCUCAUCAACAAUGCUGGAAUUCUGACACAUGAAAAGACUGUUGAUGCUGCUCGAAAUGUUUUUGCCACUAAUUACUAUGGUAUUAGAACGUUGAAUGAACAUCUGUCUCCACUGAUCAAGGAAAAUGGACGCAUUGUGAAUGUCGCAAGCGAAGUCGGUGCUUGGGCAUUAUAUGAAAUGUCCAGCGAUCUCCAAAAGAAAUACCAAUCAUCAACGUUGACCAAAGAACAGCUCGAUACACUUGUUGAAGAUUUUAUUUCAGCGAUUGGAUCGAAUCGUCUCGAAAAACUCGGAUACAAUUCCAAGUUACCUUAUUUGAUCUACGGUACAUCCAAAGCCGCGCUCAUUGCUCUUACACGAGUAGAAGCACGUGAAUGGUCGGGUGCCCAAAAUGUGUUAGUCUUAUCUGUAACUCCUGGUUUAUGUAAAACUGACAUAAUUGAUCAUGCACCUGGAGCACGAUCAGCUGAACUUGGUGCAGAUUCCAUCCUCUUCCCGGUCAAUGCUCCUACCAAUGAAUUAGAAAAUGGACAGUUUUAUGAAGAUGGACAACAAAAACCACAAAGUUGUGCAUGCACAAAGAAUCUUGAACACUUAUCAAAAAAACAAGAGUAA